AAAAACCCCCCCACCACCAUGACUUUUGUAUGAAUGGUGUGCUGUGCUUCUCUGUGUUCUUUCAGAAUCUCACGUUCCUUCUUCUCUCACUAUAACGAUCUCAAUUACUCUUUUGAAUCUGUUCAUUGUAUAGAGAAAGAACCAACAAAGAGUUAAGCUUUGUCUUGAGAAAAUGGGUAAUUGUUUGGAUUCAUCAGCUAAAGUGGAAAGUAGCAGCCACAGUCCUCAUGCUAAUUCUGGUUCAUCAGGGUCAAGAGUUUCUAGCAAGACAAGCCGUUCCACUGUCCCUUCAAGCUUAAGCAUAAACUCUUACAGCAGUUUAGAGUCUUUACCCACACCGAGAACAGAAGGAGAGAUCUUGUCGUCCCCAAAUCUCAAAGCUUUCACCUUUAGCGAACUCAAGAGCGCUACCAGAAACUUUCGACCUGAUAGUCUUCUUGGUGAAGGAGGUUUUGGUUACGUCUUCAAAGGAUGGAUCGAUGGAACUACUUUAACCGCUUCCAAACCCGGUUCUGGUAUCGUUGUGGCCGUUAAGAAGCUCAAAACUGAAGGGUUUCAAGGUCACAAGGAGUAGCUGACUGAAGUGAACUAUCUUGGUCAGCUUAGUCACCCAAACCUUGUCAAACUAGUUGGGUACUGCGUAGAGGGUGAAGACAGGUUACUGGUGUACGAGUUCAUGCCAAAAGGAAGCUUGGAGAAUCAUCUCUUUAGACGUGGUGCGCAGCCACUAACAUGGGCUAUAAGGAUGAAAGUUGCUAUAGGAGCAGCUAAAGGACUUACUUUUCUUCACGACGCUAAAUCGCAAGUGAUUUACAGAGACUUUAAAGCUGCUAACAUUCUACUAGACGCGGAAUUCAACUCUAAACUUUCAGACUUUGGUCUAGCCAAAGCAGGUCCUACUGGUGACAGGACACAUGUGUCCACACAAGUCAUGGGUACUCACGGAUAUGCAGCACCUGAAUAUGUAGCCACAGGUCGAUUAACAGCUAAGAGUGACGUAUACAGUUUCGGUGUGGUACUACUGGAACUACUCUCAGGACGAAGAGCAGUGGACAAAUCUAAAGUAGGAGUGGAGCAGAGUCUAGUGGACUGGGCAACGCCGUAUCUUGGCGACAAGAGAAAGCUUUUUCGAAUAAUGGACACGAGAUUAGGAGGUCAAUAUCCUCAGAAAGGAGCAUACACAGCUGCUAGUCUUGCAUUGCAGUGCUUAAACCCUGAUGCAAAACUCAGACCGAAAAUGUCUGAAGUUUUGGCCAAACUUGAUCAGCUUGAAUCAACAACCACUACCAAGCCUGGAGGUAAUAGGCAAGCUCAGAUUGAUUCUCCAAGAGGUAGUAGUACUGGGGUUGGAGCCAGACAAGGCCAGAUUAUUUCUCCUGGAGGUAGUGGAACCAGACUAGGGCAGAUUGAUUCUCCAAGAGGUAGUAAUGGUGCUGGAACCAGACAAGGCCAGAUUGAUUCUCCAAGAGGUAGUAAUGGUGCUGGAACCAGACAAGGCCAGAUUGAUUCUCCAAGAGGUAGUAAUGGUGCUGGAACCAGACAGGGCCAGAUUGAUUCUCCUAGAGGUAGUAACGGAUCUGUUGUGCAGAAAUCUCCAAGGAGGUAUAGUUAUGAUCGGCCUCUCUUGCACUUAACUCCAAUUGCUUCUCCUUUGCCUUCUCACAAUCAAUCUCCUCGUGUAAGAUAGUAUCACUGUAAUAACUUUUCUGUUGUAAUUUAUUUUCUCUUUUUUUUUUUCCUGUUGUAAUUUGUACUUGUUUUGUUUGUAAUAUAAUUCAUUUUGUUCACACUA